GUGAAUGCACCACAGUAGCCGAGCCGUCUGUAUUCUUAACACGGCGUCUCCGCGGCCAUGGUAACACUCGGCUCAAUACUGAACCUCUGACUCAAAAAAAACAGCACAAACAAGUGCUUUUCAUGCAGCUGUUAUUCAGCAUGAAUUUGGCAGAGAUAUGUGACAACGCCAAGAAGGGCCGUGAGUAUGCUUUGCUGGGGAACUACGACUCCUCCAUUGUGUACUACCAGGGCGUUAUUCAACAGAUCCACAAGCACUGUCAGACCCUCAGGGACCCUGCACUGAAAGUCAAAUGGCAACAGGUUAGACAGGAACUGACUGAGGAGUAUGAGCAGGUUAAAGGCAUCAUGGGAACACUGGAGAGCUUUAAAUCAGAGAAGCCACUUGACAUCCUUGCUCCUCAAUCAGAGGAGAGACCUGAAGACCCAUUAGUUUGGCCGCCUCCCACCCCUGCAGAACACAGGAAUCCCAUUGCAGUGAAGCGUCCCAACAGUGCAGUGAAGCAGCAGAGGAAGGACUCCCCUGGUCUGCAGCAUCGAGGGGCGGGGCCAGGCGGACGCAGUCAGGCCAACCCUAAACCAGACCGGCCGGGAUUCGCCCGAGGCACAAAAGCCAAAGACGAGAAGGGAAAAAAAGGGGUUGGAGACUCAGCUGGGGAUGUAGAGCAGAAGAAGUUUGAUGGCACGGGAUAUGACAGCGACCUGGUGGACUCACUGGAGAGAGAUAUUGUGUCCCGUAACCCUAAUAUACACUGGGAUGACAUUGCUGAUCUGGAGGAUGCUAAGAAGCUGCUGAGAGAAGCGGUGGUGUUGCCUAUGUGGAUGCCUGACUUCUUCAAGGGCAUUCGUCGCCCCUGGAAGGGUGUGUUAAUGGUCGGCCCUCCAGGGACAGGGAAGACCAUGUUAGCCAAAGCUGUGGCUACAGAAUGUGGGACUACUUUCUUCAAUGUGUCCUCCUCCACUCUCACCUCCAAAUACAGGGGCGAGUCUGAAAAACUUGUCCGUCUGCUGUUUGAAAUGGCUCGGUUCUAUGCGCCAACAACCAUCUUCAUAGACGAGAUUGACUCUAUCUGUGGCAGAAGAGGAACAUCUGACGAACAUGAAGCCAGCCGCAGGGUCAAAUCAGAACUUCUGGUUCAGAUGGACGGUGUGGGGGGAGCCCUGGAGAAUGAUGACCCUUCUAAGAUGGUGAUGGUCCUUGCUGCCACCAACUUCCCCUGGGACAUCGACGAGGCGUUACGGCGACGGCUGGAGAAGCGGAUCUACAUCCCCCUGCCGACAGCUGUGGGUCGUGUAGAGCUUCUAAAAAUCAACCUGAGGGAGGUGGAGGUGGCUGCUGAUGUGGACCUGGACCUCAUCGCUGAGAAGAUUGAGGGCUACUCUGGAGCAGACAUCACCAACGUCUGCAGGGAUGCGUCCAUGAUGGCUAUGCGUCGUCGCAUCCAAGGCCUGAGCCCCGAGGAGAUCCGAGCUCUGUCCAAAGACGAGCUGCAGAUGCCCGUGACGAUGGAGGACUUCACCCUCACGCUCAAAAAGAUCUCCAAGUCUGUCUCUGCCGCCGACCUGGAAAAAUACGAAGGCUGGAUGGCUGAGUUUGGGUCAGUAUAGAGACGGGUAUCGUUUAGACUCAGAGGGACCAGAAUUUUUAAAGAAGCACUCGCAGCUUUGACAAUGAUGAAGGCCUUGAAGAGGAGGGCGCUGCACGUCACGGAGCAAUGCGUGAACCAGGCAGCACAUCAGGGAGAUAAUACAGGGGCUCAAAUUCACAUCAGAAGACCGGUGCCUUUGAUGGAGCAUGAUGAAAACUGCACUCCUUCCCGUUCACAAUCAUCCAGCCACUGAGUGACUUGAGGAAGAAUGGUGUGAACUUCUCUCACACAGGGAACUUUUAAUGUAAAAAGUAGCCUAACACACAUUAAUAGACCAGGGAAUGCACACUAAUUUUACUUACAUAUUUGGCCUCAUGCAAGAAGGUGUUCUUAUCAUAAAUCUUUUCCUUUUUUUUUUCUGUGAGGUUUGCUCAUACGAGUGUUCCAAGUGAGAUUCACCAAACUGCACUAACUUGUUAAUUGCUUAUUUCAUCUUAAUGAGCACCAGCUGUUUAUGAGUAAGUGAGCAUACAUGAGAUUUGAUCUUUAGCAUCAUCAACACCUAUAAACUGCUUUAUUUUGGUGGCAAAAAUGCCAACAAAGUCAUCAUUUCACACCAUGGAGUUUCAAAUCCUGCUGUUGGAAAUCAUAACAAAUUUAGCAGCAUCAGUAGUCAUACUACACAAUUGGGAAAAUAAUAUUACAGCUGCCAACCACAUUUAAUAUUAAUGUCAUGCAGUGCUGCUGUACUGUGACAGAAAUAAAGAUGUAAUAGUUUGACAUGAAACUAGAUGCUAAAAAACAUCUUUCUGAAGUAAAACAGUCCAUGACUUAGAUUGGAGGCUGUCAAGACGUGACAGUCAUGGACAUGGACGACAGAAUUGCAGGUAGUGUUACACUGUGGAGUGCAUCAAAGGAUGCUCACCUGGACAGCGACCUGCAUAAAGACCGUGAAUCAGUAAGCCACAACAAUGAUGUGGUGAACAGAAUAUCAAAUAUUCAGAAGGCUUAUUUCAGUUAUUUUUAUUUUAGUUGAUAACUUUAACAUUUAAACUGCAAAUUCAUUCAGAUUAGGAUGUUCUAAUUUAGACAAGUGUUAAUCUCCUUGUGGCCACAGGGAGAUUAACUGUUCCCACUAUAGUUGAAUUUUGUUCAUACCUAAGUACAAGUAGCUGCAACAAGUAAUCUUAAAUCACUCGUACAUGCCAGUAAAUAACGUGUGUGUGAAUUGUUCUUGCAUGAGGCCCUUCGUCUUAAAGAACUGUAUGUUUGAGCACUUUUAAUGUAUUUCCUUGUGGAGCCCUCGUACUUACUACUGACUGAACACACUUGAAGAACCAUGACGUCUGUGUUAUAUAGUGUCUGAUUAUGUGUUUGUGUAUGUAUUAUUCAUCGGUUUUAAUAUUUGUUUUCAAUUUUAGUUCUAUUGAGACAAAGAGUUGAGUUAAAAGAGCACGGCCACUGGAUCCAUUGAUUUUUUUUUUUUAAGUUCAAGGACACAGUUAAUUUUCACCUAGUCCCUGUAUUUUAUGAGAUCUUUUAGAUAAGAUCACCAUAACUUGAUUCAGUAACUCAGCAGAUCUAAAGUAGAUUCAGACAACUUGUCUUGAAUUUCAUCAGACUCAGAAUUCAGAUCAUUUAGUCUUCUUUAGGGUGGGGACAGUAAGUAAUAAGAUUAGUACACUAACUCAAUCCAUACCCUGUGGAUGUUUGUUUUUACCUGUAUUUCCCAGUGUAUUCAUACCACAUUUUAAUACUGCCUCAAGCACUCAAGGCAGCACAUAAGGGAAAUAAUUAACUACUAAAAGCUUCAUUCAGUGUGUGUCACGGUUUCCCAGUAAUUUCUUGGUAACUACAUUACAGUUCCUGUACUAAAAUCUUGUUAAUCACAUGUCAUGUUAAAGCUCAACAGAAUUAGCCCGUGAUGCUCUGGCUGUCGAAAUACUGAGUAUGAAAAUUUAUUCUUGGAAAUCAUCGUUUGACUCAGCUUUUCCUGGAGCUGUCAAGCAUCAGCAGAUUGAGUUUGCCCAGUUGUCGUGGAGAUGGAUCUGUUGAAACGCGAGCUUGGAAUGAAUACUCAUGCUUGACUUGCUAACCCAGCACAAACAAGAAAUCCUAAAAGCGUUAUGGAUGACAUAAUAUCUACUGGGCUUGCAUUUCAUCCCAUCCAUCUCCAUGACAACUGAGCAAACUCCAUUUGCUGAUGAAAUACUGUGUGAUAUGGCGGAAAGCCUUGCAAAAAAGCUAGUUGGAGGACCUUGAGUUUGGAUUGUUUUGUCAGACUAUUGAAUAUUAAACCUGUAAUGUCGACUAUGAUGUAAGCUGUCUCGCAGGACUGUGUUUCAGCUUUCUAAAGACCUGUCACAUGCUCAUAUUCCAUUCAGAGAUUUUAUAAGUGGGGUCUUUUGAACUCUCACUAAAAUGAAUAAAAUUAGUCUCUGAAUGCUUGUAUCCAUUGUUGAAGCGUUCAUAGGAAAAAUCUCACUGUGCUUCAUUGAUUGGAAAAACAUGGCAAUGACUAAACUAAAAGAUUUGUCUGUGUACAUUUGAAACACAUUGAAGCAGCAUCAUUGUGGACAAAAUAGACUGUGCCCCCUUUACUUCUCAUGAAUGUCAUUGUAAAGAAUUUGUAAGAAGCACUCUGUCUUUGGUUUGUUUUUCUUUUAUCUUUUCUGUAACACUCAAACACUUGAUAUUUUAUGAACAUAGACAUCUUUACAUUGGCCUACAUUUUACAUUUUUGUAUAUGCUGUUGCUCAAAACAUUUACCCCUCUUGAAUGUUUGUCCUUUAACGAAUUUGCAGGUGGUCUGCAAGCUUGCAACAAUUGCACUAUGUUGUAUUGUAAGGCUGUUACAACAGACUGGUAACCAGACAAGCAUCAUUGUAACUGUUUUGAAAGCGAAACAUUGCUUAAAACCUCACCCUGAAACCUGAUUCUUCCCUAUAAUGUACAGUAACACACCCAAAGUUCAGUCUGAAAUCAAUAUCCGCAUAAACCUUGAAAUUCUUUCGUUGUGUGAAAAGUAAUUUGACAUAUCUUUACAGCACAGCAUCGAGCUUAUAGUAACACACAGCCUUUUAUCCUGUGUUUGAAUGUAUCCUGUCUACUGCUGAAGGAGCUCGAGGGACGUGACAAUCCACUCGUCUGAACAGAAUAAAGCAAUCGAUUUUCAUUCUGA